CGGAGCCUUGGGGCCACUGGCGCGGAGGGUCCUAGCGGUGCUUGGGAGGUGGAAGGCGCCGCCACAGUCUCGACAGCGCGUCCCAGCACCUCGGGCUGGCUCCCUCCGCGCUCCGGAAAAACGGAGGAAACGAGCUUGGUUCCCGGGGCCGGCGGGGACUGUGGAGACGCUGCGAAACCCUCAGCCGCUUGGAGAAUCACCUUGGGUCCCCGAGAGUUGGAGGUAUUGAUUUCUGACUUCUGAAGAUGGAGGAAGGUGUAGAAAUUUCAAGUGAUGGAAAUUCCCUGAUCAAAGCAGUCCACCAGAGCCGGCUUCGCCUCACAAGACUCUUGCUAGAAGGUGGUGCCUACAUCAAUGAAAGCAAUGACCGUGGGGAAACACCUCUAAUGAUAGCCUGUAAGACGAAACAUGUUGAUCAUCAGAGCGUCAGUAAAGCCAAAAUGGUUAAAUACCUGUUAGAAAACAAUGCGGAUCCCAACAUACAGGACAAAUCUGGGAAAACUGCCUUGAUGCAUGCUUGCUUAGAAAAAGCUGGUCCUGAAGUUGUUUCCUUGCUCCUGCAGAGUGGGGCCGACCUCAGCUUGCAAGACCAUUCUAGCUACUCGGCCCUCGUCUAUGCUCUCAAUUCGGAGGAUAGAGAAACCCUGAAAGUUCUACUUAGUGCUUGCAAGGCGAAGGGAAAAGAGGUCAUUAUCAUUACCACAGCGAAAUCGCCCUCUGGCAGGCACACCACCCAACAAUACUUAAAUAUGCCUCCUUCCGAUACAGAUGGGUAUCAUUCCCCACCCACCUGUGCCACUCCUUCAGGAAUAGACAUAAAAACAGCCUCGUCGCCACUUUCACAUUCUUCUGAAACUGAAACGCCACUUUUUGGCUUUAAAGAUCUGGAGCCUUCAGGAAGCCGUGAUGAUACUUGGGACCCAGGCUCCCCUGGGAGGAAGCCUGCUGUGGCCCUGAAUGGGCCCAGGCCGCCCCAGGCUCCACCCUGGGUCAAACCCCCGCCCUUGUUAAUGCACCAGAAGAGAGUAGCCUCUUUGCAAGAGGAGCUCCAGGAUAUUACUCCAGAGGAAGAAUUAUCCUACAAAACCAAUGGGCUGGCACUUUCCAAGCGAUUCAUUACUAGGCAUCAAAGUAUUGACAUAAAAGACACAGCAUAUUUGCUAAGAGCCUUUGAUCAGGCCAGCUCAAGGAAGACAUCAUAUGAAGAAAUAAAUUAUCAAUCAUUUUCUUCAGAAGGAAGUCAGCAAUGUGUUGAAAUCCCCAUUGACCAGGACCCAGACUCUAACCAGACAAUAUUUGCUUCCACCUUAAAAAGUAUAGUUCAGAAAAGAAACUCGGGGGCAAAUCACUACAGCUCCGACUCCCAGCUCUCAGCUGGUCUGAUCCCUACAACUUCAGAGGAUGGCAAAGGUCUUACAGCAAAGAAAAAGAUCCUCUCACCAUCUCCAUCCCUGUUGUCAGGUUCCAAAGAAUUGCCGGAGAAUGUCCCCCCAGGCCCUCUGAGCAGGAGAAAUCAUGCAGUUUUCGAAAGGCGUGGCUCAGGGGCUUUCCAUUUGGAUCUCAAUACUGCCCAGACCAGACCGGGAUUUCUGCCACCCUUAAAUGUGAAUCCUCACCCUCCCAUCUCAGAUAUCAAUGUUAACAAGAUUUCCAGCCUUCUUUCUUGUGGUCAAAAAGUGCUCAUGCCAACGGCUCCUGUUUUCCCUAAAAGUAAAAGAAUGUUGUUAAGGAGACAGUCAUUGCAAACAGAACAAAUUAAGCAGUUAGUACAUUUUUAAGAUAUAGCUAGAAAACACAUUUUGUUCAAAUAUCGACAUCAAAGAAACAGAACUAGAAAAGGCAUCUCAAAUGUUCAUUUUUUUAAAUCUUGUAAUUGGCUAACCGAUAAUGGUUAGGGGAUCAACAUGUACUGGAAUUCAUAGUGGACACUGUACACUAGUAGCUUCUGGUAAGGAGAUUCUCUCAAAAUUAAAGCUGUUUUUCUCAAAACCUCCAAGUCCAAGUUUUUAAUUUAAAUAAAAAUUAACAAAGAAAGAAGGUCACAUGUGUUGGAGAGAACUAAUUGUUUUUCAGAUUUGCCAAAUAUUUUAGUAGGAAACAAUAUCUUCAAGUCAAUUGUUUUUAACAUUUCAAGUCAGUGAAUAAGACUGUAGUUUUCCAUCGUGCCAAAAGCAUUUUAAAAAUCCACUAAUGGCUAUAAAGUGUUCUAUGAUCUAUAAGUUUAAGCUACAAAGAAAGAAUGAACUAAUUCUUUUAAAAUGUUGACUGCAGGUAGAUGAAAAUAUAAUUAAAAUUGUAAUUGUCAACCGUUAUAGUAGACUGGAGUAGCUAAUAUUCCUUUUGUCAGCUUAAUUCAUGUUCAGCGGCAGGUUAGAGUUAUACAUGCUAGUGAUGCUCUGUGCCCAGUGUGUGCUGUUUUCGCUGUUUUGUUUUUUUAAACAUUUAAAUGAAAAUGUUAUCUUACAGA